AUGGCUACUUCUUCUAACCACCUUCUCAUUUCCUGCAUUCUCUUCUUCUUCCUCUCCAUUGCACCAUCUCAAUCCCAGCCCUCAUUCCGCCCAAAAGCCUUAAUCCUCCCUGUCACCAAAGACCCAUCAACCCUCCAAUACCUCACCCAAAUCAACCAGAGAACUCCUCUAGUCCCUGUCAAGCUAACCCUCGACCUCGGCGGCCAGUACCUCUGGGUCGACUGCGAACAGGGCUAUGUCUCGUCAUCGUACAAACCGGCCCGUUGCAGAUCGGCUCAAUGCUCACUAGCAAACUCCAAAAGCUGCACCACGGAGUGCUUCUCAUCCCCAAAACCAGGCUGCAACAACAACACAUGUGGCCUACUACCCGGCAACACCGUGACCCAAACCGCUACCUCGGGCGAUCUCGGUCAGGAUGUCGUCUCGAUCCAGUCAACCACCGGGUCGAACCCGGGUCAGAUCGUCAAAGUGCCGAACUUUCUCUUCACUUGUGGCUCCACAUUCUUGCUAGAAGGACUUGCAAAGGGCGUCAAGGGCAUGGCUGGUCUAGGCCGGAACAAAAUCGCCAUGCCUUCCCGAUUCUCUGCCGCAUUCAGCUUCCACAGAAAAUUUGCAGUUUGCUUGAGUUCCGCUAAAGGUGUUGUCUUCUUCGGAGACGGGCCGUAUGUGAUGCUACCCAAAAUUGAUAUCUCCAAGUCGUUAAUCUACACGCCAUUGAUUCUCAACAAGGUCAGCACGGCCGCCGCCUACUUCGAAGGCGACCCAUCUUCCGACUACUUCAUCGGAGUCACCUCAAUCAAAAUCAACAACAAAAUUGUUCCCCUCAACACAACAUUGCUCAAAAUCAACCAAGAGGGUUUUGGGGGGACGAAGAUUAGCACCGUUCAGCCAUACACCGUCCUCGAAACUUCGAUUCACAGAGCGGUGAUCGCCAGUUUCGCGAAGCAGCUGAGUGGAGUGCCUAUAGUGGCAGGGGUGAGCCCGUUCGAGCUGUGUUACAACGCGACGGCGAUCGGGAGCACGCGAGUCGGGCCCGCGGUGCCGCAGAUCGAUCUGGUGCUGCAGAGCAGCAAGGUGUUCUGGAGGAUUUUCGGUGCGAAUUCGAUGGUUCAAGUGAAGGGAGACGUGCUCUGCCUGGGAGUUGUGGAUGGUGGAGUGAAUCCCAGGACUUCGAUUGUGAUUGGUGGGCAUCAGGUGGAGGAUAAUCUGUUGCAGUUUGAUCUUGCGGCGUCGAGGCUUGGGUUCAGCUCUUCGUUGUUGUUCAGGCAGACUACUUGCGCCAAUUUUAACUUUACCUCCAAUGUCUGA